GUUUGGUCCGUUGCCAGCGAUCUCCCUCCUCCCCGUGUCUCCGUGCUGCUCUCCCAGCCUCGCGCUUGCGCCAAAGUCCGUGUCGCUUGAGGGUAACUUAUUUGCUGUACUUUCGUUAAUACAGUCACUAAGCAUACAGGGAAAACGUGGUUUGGUCCCAGCUGUCCCUCUGAGGGUGCACCAUGCUGCCGGGAGGGUGCCAGUUCCCCCAGCCCCUGCGGAUGGGUGUCAGGAGGCACCUCCCUCAUUUUCAUUUGCAUUUUAUCUCCCGGGAGUCUUGAAACCCUACCUUGUCUGUGCAUCUCCCAGCGUAGUGUUUCUCAGGGUGGGAGUCUCGGGUGGCUGUGUCCCGUCCAUGGGAGGAGUUGCAGCCGGCUGUGCCGACGCUGCUGCCGGCGGGGAGCCGUGGCUCCCGGCAGCCGCCGAGGGUCAGCCCUCCUGGGAGCUCCGCGAGGUAAGGCAGGCGGCAGCCCGCAGCGAGCUUCCCCGCCCUCUCCUCUUUCCGACCGUAUUUGGGUUUUCUUCUUUUCUUUUUUUUCUUUUUUUUCCUUUUUGUUAAUGCGCGUGUAUGCGCGUGGAUCCUGCCUCACUGUGUGUGGUGGAGCGCGCUCUGCCUCCGGUGUCUGCUGACAGACCCUUGCUGGAUUCCUACUCUUUGUUAGCUGGUUAACAAGAAGAAACAAGAACCAUUUGGGACAGAAGCCUGCUUACAUAAACGCAGGAGAAGGGUGUGACUCUCAAAGAUCACACGCUUUUUACACCGAGCUAAAGCCAGCCUGCUGACUACAAGAAAAUAUGCUGAGGUUCUCAAACACGAGUGCCGCAUCGCCUUCACAAAAGGCGGCGAUCCCACCGAGGUGUGCGCCAGUGGGACUCGGCCAGAUCCGGCGCGUCCGUCUCCACUGCUGACAGGCAAGUGCACUGACAACAUCAUCUCAUCUCGGAGAAUCACUGCCUUUGUGUUUCAGGGCUCUUCGCCUCGGCUGCCCUGGGCUGUGAGGGACAGGACCGGUAGGGCUCGGAGGUGUUUCUGGACACGUCGUUGGUCGCGUGCAUGCAGUGCCCAGAGCUCAAGGCUUGGAGUUGGAACAUGAGCCUUCAGCUGAGCUCUGCUGUGACUUCCCCUGCUGACUGCAGGGGGGUUGGACUAGAUGACCUUUAAAGGUCCCUUCCAUUCACCCAACGCAACACAUUCUAUGAUUCUAUGCGAGUGACCUGGCACCGGUCACAGAAUGCCUUGUCACUCUUCGCCCGCCUCCUCGUGUACAUUUACUGUGCUUAUGUGCGUAUUUCAUCAGGCUAUUGCAAAGCCUGUAGAAGAUUGAAUUCAUUCUGUCAAAGUCCUACAGUUACACACCCCUCGUGUUACUGAGGCUCCAGCAGUAGGAGAAGGAGAGGGAAGGCACCAAUUUGUCUAUUUUUAUUUUUUGUCAGGAGCCUUUGCAAUGGAUGAGGGAACAGACUCUCUCAUGACUGUGCAUCUUCUCGCCAAUUCGGGACACUCAUUGCUUCUGCAGCAAACUCUGGAUCGGCUUUUGGAGUGGAUCUGCCUGGACAUUCGCCUUUUCCUGGUGUCUGAGCGACUUACUCCAUUGAAAUACUAUGAGAGAUAUCGUAAGAGAAGCUGCUGCUUCCCUGGAAUAUCUGUUCUCCUUUUUUUACACGAGGACUUGGGAGAAGAACGGAUUUUCCAGGUCCAUGAGCAAUUCCAGCGUCCGCCCUGGCGCUACCAGUGUGCCCAGAUUGUCAAUGGCCAAAGCCACCCCUAUGCCCCAGCUCACCAGGACUUCUAUGGCCUGGAGGACCAGCUGCCUGUGUGGGGCAUCAGGCGGGUACACUGUGGCCCCGAAAUCCUGCGCGUCACCCUCUACUGCGGUUUCGAUAACUACGAGGACGCGGUGAGACUCUAUGAGAUGAUCCUGCAGAAAGAAGCGACUCUGCAGAAGAGCAACUUCUGCGUCUUUGUGCUGUACGCGACCCAAAGCGUUGCCGUGCAGCUCUGCUUGAAGCAGCUGCCCAUCGGGGUGGCUGCUGAGCCGAGGGGGUCGUCGGCCCUGCAGUUCAAGGUGCAAGAAAUCGGGCAGCUGGUGCCUCUCCUGCCCAACCCCUGUUUUCCCAUCAGUAGCACCAGGUGGCAAACGCAAGACUACGAAGGAAAUACAAUUCUGCUUCAGGUUCAAGACAGCUCCAAGCCCCAUGAAACAAAUGUUGGGCUUUCCCAUCAGCAUAAUGAUGCAGACAAUGAAAAAAUCCUGCAGGACUCUGUCCCGAUCCCUUUCCCUGUAAAGCGGGAUAAUUCUGGGUGGAGAAACCAGGACGUCAGAGCCACGAAAGCUAAACCAAAAUCUGAGCAAAGCAAAGCCCAUACUCCUGAGGAAGCCAGUGGUGACCUCCACAGGCACUUCUGCCCUUCUCACAGUGGUCCAUCACCCCGGUGGUGGUGGGAUGCCGCCUCCCUCCGCAGGCAGGCGAGCAGCAAGCUGCAGGCUUCUCUGCGGGAGAGCCGCCUUCGUCGGCAGGCAGCGGAGACCAACGUCGACACCGGGCUUGCCGUGGCGAAUCCUGCAAGCGGCCUCUGCCCCCUGAACCGCUUCUCCAGGGACCUGCGGAGCAGCCUCCUCCAGCUGCGAGCACCUGCGGACGUGGCCGGCAGCGCCGCGUCCUCCCGGGACAGGACCCCGAUCCCGCUCGCUGCCCCCCAAAGGAGCAAAGGAGCGGGACGAAGAGCUUCAGGCUGCCAGGAGCAAACGCUGCGGGCCAGCCCCACAGGCAGAGCCCAGGAGGAGGAGGAGUUGGAGUUCUUUAUAUGACUGAAAACAAACAUGCCGGUUGGACUCAUCACUUCCAAACGACAGCGGAGCGCUUUUGGGUGUAUUGUGCCUCUUCGUAUUGUGGCCACUGAUGCUUACGCUUUUCACGGAGUGAUGCUAAAGGAGGCUGAGGGCAAAGCAGGAAAAAUUAACCCUGUAUUUACAGAAAGUUGUUUGUUUGUUUGUUUGUUUUUUAGUGCAGAAUAGAUUGGAGGAUUCUUGUGCAAUGAAUGGGGAUAAGCCAUAUGACUCCUAGGGCUGUUUUAAGAUGUUAAAAAUAAUAGCCAGUGACAUGCUCAGGUGGGGUCAGAAAGCAGCAGGAUGUCCCCAGCUGCUGGGACUUGUCAUCCCUCACUGGGAUGUAUCGGCACAAGGCAGUGGCACGGUCACAGGGGUAAUGCCGAUUUUCCUCUGGGUUCCUUCUCGCUCCCCCUGUUGUUGGUACUUAAAAGCUGUCCGUGUUGUCAGUCUUAUGCAAGAUGUGACAUGUGAGAAUACUCUUUUAAACUACUUUUAAAAAAAAAAGUUUCUAGAGAGACUUUUUCCCCAAAUUAGCACAGUACAUGCGAAAAGCAAACACUUGGGGAGAGUAGUUUGAGCUGUUUAUGCUCCGGUGAGCCCUGCUGUUGCUUAUUUGUGUGACACUUGACAAAACAAACCCAGCAACAGGCCAGGCUUUGUUAGACCAGCGUGCAGCUAUCAGCAGGCAAUCCUAAUUGGGCUUGAAUUAUCCAGAAGACAAGAGAAGUUGAUAGUCUUGGAGGGAAAUGCUGGAUGCUGGAGAGUAAAAAGGACAGGAGAAACGAAGUAAUGUUUCAGCAACAGAUGAUGGAAUAGCUCCUGUCUUGAUCAGCAGCUUUCUUUUCUCAAGUAGGAUGAAGUGAAUCUCAAAGGGAAUGAGAUGGGAAGGGCAUGACAGAGGAAUGAGAUUAUUAGAAGGAAAGCCAAGUCUGAUCGUACGUACCUUCCAAACAGCAGAAGCAAAGAGGUAUUUUCUCCGUAAAUAUAUCUGAACUCUGCUGUACACAAAAGUGUGGAUUUGUUUGGAGAGUGCCUUCUCAUUGCCACCUCUUCACGUAACUCGUUUGACAGGCGAUGGAGAGGCAGAGGGUGAUGGGCAGCAGCAGGGCCUUCCUGUGGGGGGGUUCUGCACAAUUUUAUGGGUGUUCAGCGCUUGUAGGUGUGCCAGCUGAACACAGCCCACCCUGCACAGCCACAGCCGCCUUACCCGGGAACGUCCAACGCCACCCCUCAGCUGCUGGUGGGCUCGGCAGCCCAGUGGGGCUGGAGAGCGGUGCCACUGCUGGAUGGCGGCUCGAGCUUCGGGAAGUUGGUCUGAGGAGCUUCAGGUGGGAAUAGGGCAGUCCCUGCUCUGUGGUCUCACAGCUGGUGUUGCCCUGGAAGUGAUGCUCAUGUACCCUCCGAUUCAGGGACCGAAACCUGCAGAAAGCUGAACAGGAUGCUUAUUUCACUGGACAAUUACAACCCCCCCGCCAUGUUUUCAUAAGCUCCAUGAAAUUUUGGACUUUUUAAUAAAUCGUACUGUGGUAUUUUACGGCAAUGAGGGUGAUUACUUCAUCUUACCCAGCAUGCUAGAAAUGGCACCAGUGCUUUUCAGAGCUGGAGAAAAUGUUUGCUCACCAAGGAGAGCAGCGAAGAGGGGAGCCUGCGGGUGGGUUAGCUCUCCGGGCUCGCCGCCGGGUGUGCGAGGGCGGGCUGCGAGGAUGUGGAUCAGUGGGCAUGGACCAAGGGUCAUCAACACAGGGCUAAGACGGAAGUGGGAUUCCUGGGACAAACAACUUCAAAGAGAGAUUUCAUGCCCUUCUGUCUCCUCUUAUGCCAAGUCACACUUCAGCAUGACUCUGUUUAGCGGCCUCCGUUUUACCUGAGAGAAGGAGCGUAGAAGAGUGAUAAGAUCUCAGCGGCACAACCUCAGCAACAACAAUUGAAUUUAGACCGUCAUCUUUCCAAAGCCUCUGCUGUCAACAGCAGCCAGGGGUUCCUCAUCGCCGGCUGGAAAUUCUCCCUGGGUGAGCUGCCUGCAGCGAUGCGCUCCAUGGGGAUCGCGCUCAAGUGGUGAAGCUGGAAUGGGCCAUCCGUGAAGGCAAAGAGUGGAGAGCGAGUGAUGGAAACAUUAAAUGAGAUACAGUCACGCCUUUGAAACCCUCAUCUGGGUUACAUAGAAGGUCAAAUGUUUGUACGAGGUAAACAAAUAUUGUUUCUCUUAGCCCCCAUUUUCAGAGGGUGUCAUGGUCAUGGGAUAUGCAGCAAUUUACUCCAAAGGUCUUGGUUUGACCCAAGAGCUGUAAAUAUCCAGCUGCAACAACAGGGAUCUAGGUGGGUAAAGGCAAUGUCGAGAGAACCUUUGGUGGCGAUGCCUAGUUUAAUUGGGGUUUGCUAUCGGUUACUUUAUUGCCUAAAUCAGCCAGGCCCCAGUGAGCUUUUGUCAGCGUGACUUCUCUCGGCAAGAAUUGUGUCUUCUGCUGUAUGUUUGUAAAGUUCCUCAUUUAACAGGGCUCUGACUUGCUGGCGAUAUUGCUGUGUGACGGGUGAAUAUUGACAUUUUAUUGUCUAGUGCUGAACAGGCAUAAACUUGCUA